UUAUUACUAAGAAAAUCGCCUACGCAAUUUAUAACGCUGGAAUAAAAAGAUAUAGAAUACAAUAUUAUUUUGAAAGUAUCAUCUACAGAGGAUUUUCUUAAAUGUAGUUUGAUUAUUGAAGACAUAAAAAGUAUAAACUCUUUAAAAAUAUAUGUUUAUUCAAUUUUAAAGUCGUGUUCAAUAUAUUGACCAAUUUGAUUUGUCAUGAAGACGAAAUACGGUCUUGCAAUUGGUUGCUUACUUCAACUCCCCUAUUCGUUACGCAAGCCUAGUUAUUAUCGCAUAAACAGUAUGGCGAUGUGGAUAGAGGCUCUUCGUGAAAACUCGGAAAUAGCUCUUGUCACAUCAGUGAUAUCUUCUGUGAUAUUGGUAAUCAGUGCAGUUUUUAUCUUUAGUCGUUACGAGCAUAAUGAAGAUCCUCAAAAUAUACAAGAUUCUGAUUGCAACAGUAAAGAAAAAAAACCUGGAAACCACCAAACAAAUAAGAAAAAAAAGAGUUUGUCCAAUAAACGCCAUAACAUGAAAGCCCAGUAUACUCCUUCUUGGUUGUUGUCUACUGUUAAAGGUCGUAGCCGUGAUAUCCUUGACAUCAAUCUCAGCUGCAAUGGAAAAUAUCUGCCUCCUUAUGAAAAAGGUAUUAAUAGUCCAGAAAACCAGGAAAAGUGCCAGAAUGAGAAAGAAGAAUUUCCACAGGCAAGAACCAAGAAAUCCCGACACAAUAAUACUCUGAAAAACCCUCAAAAACGGCAUCCGUCUAACAGGGUGGUAAACCAACCCCAUCGUCAGCCAAAGCACAUGAAUAACAAACUACUUUCACCUCUUCAGAUCUAUCAAAAAAUAAAAAUUGAUGAAGUUGAACUCUAUCAUCAGCUGUAUUCGUAUAUUCUAUCAAAAGAAGAACAAAGAUAUUAUGGUUUUCCUGUUGAUCUCUCUAAUGAUUCUGGUAAAUUGAUUAUCCCAAAUGAUUACAUAACCCCAUUCAAAAAUUAUAUUGUUGACCCCACAGAAAGGGUUUGCUGUCGAUGUCGUGCCAAAUUUUAUAUAACCGAAGAAGGAGAAUACCAUGCCAAUGAAGAAUGUGAGUAUCAUUUUGGAAAAAAACAAAUCUCCUUCAACUGUGGUAUCAGACAAGAAACUUAUUCGUGUUGUGGCAGACAUGUUGGUACUCAUGGCUGCAACAAAAGUAAAUUCCACGUCAGUGUCCAAAACCAUGAUACAGUUGAUGGGUUUUUAAAAACCAGGUUCAAGAACAAAAUGGGAAACUCCGGAAUAUACGCCCUAGACUGUGAGAUGUGCUUUACAUUCAAAGGUCUAGAAGUCACCAAAGUGAGUGUUGUGGGAGUUGACGGACUAACGGUGUACGACUCUCUGGUUCUGCCGGAGAAUCCUAUUAUAGAUUACAAUACUCAUUUCAGUGGUAUCACUGCUAGCGACAUGUUAAAUGUUCACACAUCCUUGGCAGAUGUCAGAGCAGUGCUACUUAAGUUAUUGGAUUCGAGAACAAUUCUUAUUGGGCACGGGCUAGAAAAUGACCUCAAAGCUCUGAAGCUAAUCCACGAAACUGUGAUUGACACUUCCAUUCUCUUCCCUCAUUGCUACGGUCUUCCCUUUAGGCGAUCUCUCAAAUCUCUCAUCAAAAGCUACUUGAAAAGAAGUAUCCAAGAGAACGGCCAUGACAGUGUUGAGGAUGCGAGAGCUUGCAUGGAGUUAAUCCUGUGGAAGACCCAAAAGGACUCGCAGGCAUAAAGAAAACUUGAGAACUAUUUAUUCACUCCAAAUUAAGCGUGAAUAAUUUAAGAUUUUUUUAGACAAACCCUAAAUCAAAGUCAUUUAGACUCGAGUCAUAUAAUGUUUUCUCUAGUAAUCAGUUUGGACUUUACACAGUGUGAAGUCAGUUUAUUCUGCAUUAUAAACAGGUACAGAAAUAAUCAUUUUUGGCAAGUGAAGUUGUGAGAAUAAGAGUACAAAUGUCUUUAGCUCAAAUAAUAAAGUACGAAAGUUUUUGUAUAAAAGAUCAAAAUAACUUAAGUCUGCAGUUCAAACAUGACAUUUAUAUACAAAAAAAGAUCAUUAAUUAAAUCCAUAAUAUUCAGAAACAUUUUGUAUUGAAAUCACAACUAUCUAAAUUUCAUUCUAAACUGGUGUUUUUUUUUUUUCAUCAUUAAUCAUUGUAAGCUUAUUAGUCCAGAAAAUUACUAUAAAAAUCUCAAUGAAUAGGUCACUGUUGGAAUCUGGUAAAAAAAAUAUACACACAUAUAUAUAUUUGGCCACAUUAUAUGUGUAUUUGCUCGCCCAUCCCACCCCCAAGUUAAGAAAAGCUGGAGUCGGGAUUGCCUUGCGGCCUUUGGUUUAAGCUUGAAAACAAACAAAAAUGUAAAUAUUAAAUGUCGAGCUAACACAAAAUUCUUCAUUACCUACUUAAUUUAAAAAAACCCUUCAUGUUCAACAUUGUCAUUUUUAAGAAAUUAGAAUUUUUUUCUUAAGGUUUUAACUUUCGCAAACUGGCCAUAACUAUCUGGCUGUUUCGUUUAGUACACAGCUGUUUGUUCAGUGCUUGUUAAAGUACAAGAAAAACAUUUUGUGAUUUUACCUGCAGUUUUAUAGGUUGUGGUUUUUAGUCAUUUUUAGACUGUGAACUUCAUAUUUUGUACUUUGUUACCAACUGUGUACAGAUUUAAGUUAUUUGCUUACUUGCUAUAAAGUAUUGAGGAGAGCAUUGAUGCCAAGGAGAUUUGGGCAGAAAGAGAUUAGAUUUGAAGUUUUUUGUAAGGGAAUAAAGGUAUCAGAUUAACUAUUCAUUUUGUAAAUAGCUGAUGAUAAGAGUUUCUAAAAGGUGGAGAAACAGGAAACGUUGGUUUUCUUAGAUUGACAUGUUGUAAUAAGAGGUUUUUGAGUGGAAUAAAAAAAAUAGGUUUUAAAAACCUCGAUGUUUUGUGUAUGCGGAACAGAUGUUACCUUUCAGAUCGUCGACUUAGACCCCCAAAAAAUAUGGUGAAAUAGUCUUAAUUGCUCUUAAUUUUUGGUCAAUAUUGAGAAUGUUGGUGCAGCUAAUAUCUUUAAAUAUUUUU